GCGCAGGCAAGGAGGAAGGGAAGGAAGAGAGCAAGGGGGAGAAACACAGACUGUACCAUUUAUGGCUCGGUGAAUGGUGAUAGACAGGCCGAAACCAAGCAAUCCCCAGAAGAAUGUACAGCAGAACAUCUUGUCAGCGGUGCGUCAUCCUUCGCACCAUGUGCAGUCAUUUUCUUGGCCAGAUUGAGAAGGAGAGUAGGCCAGGCACACGAUCGUUUGAGAAGAUACGCACUUCUGCGUAACCUGAAUAUAAUCGAGAGGUCAAUGGAGUCAUCACGGAGGUCAUGCAUUGGAAGUGGGGAGUAGAAACAAGCGUGGGUCACUACCGUGACAGGGUGCGCUUGACACGUUCCGAAAAAGGCAAUUGUGCUCGAUGAUCCAAUGCUGAAGUUCGCGGAAGUUCCCA